AUGAUACUCAAAUGGGAGGAUCACAGCUCCAAAUGGGAGGGUCAUAUCUCCAAACGGGAGGGGCAUAACUACAAAUGGGAGGGUCAUAUCUCCAAAUGGGAGGGGCGUAACUACAAAUGGGAGGACCACAGCUCCAAAUGUGAGGGGCGUAACUCCAAAUGGGAGGGGUGUACCACCAAAUAUGAGGGGUGUAACUCCACAUGGGAGAGUCACAGCUCCAAAUGGGGGGGGUGCACCACCAAAUGGGAGGGGUGUUACUCUGAAUGGGAGGGACAUCGUUCAAAAUGGGAGGGGCGUAGCUCCAAAUGGGAGGAGUGUAAAUACAUUAACGGCAUUUAUAUGACGCUGUUAUCCAGAGCGACUUACAGUUUGAUCAUUAUACACAGGCAGGUGAAGGAGGGCUGGAGGGUCUGUGUGUGUCUGGUUGUGGAAGGCAGCACUGAGGAUGAAGUGUGUGUGAACGCUCUGAAUCAGGCCGUUCAGCAACCGCUCAGACGACUCUUCACACUGCUGACCUGGGAGAACAUCCUGGAGAAGAUCAGUGAGUUGGGGAAUCCAAAGACACGAAAGAUCAAAGAGCUUCCAAUGUUUUAUGAGGUGAUGGAGAUGGCCAAGGCGGCGCUGGACACUGGAGAGGAACUCUCUGUGGACCUGAUGGCGAAGUUGGUGAAGUUUCAGCUGCUGAGCAUCAAAAGCAGCGACCUGCAGAGGAGAGCGGCGCUACAGAGAGUUGUGGAGGAGAGGGCUAAAGGGAAGGCAGGUUCAGCCUCUGCAGCUAAAGAAAAGAGCGGAGCGGCUAAAGCCUCAGCUAAAGGAGAGAAGGGCAAGAAGGGUCCCGAACCGCCCCCCGCUAAAGAGACCAAACUCAAGCGCAGAGGAGAGGAGGACGACUCCAGCAGAUACAUCGAUGAUGAACCAGACGAUGGUCCGCAGCACUACGUCCUGAUGACAGGUUUCCUCCAGCCUCAGCUGAUCUCCGCUCUGGACUCUCUGGGGGUCCACGUGUCCACCGUGAUCAGACUGACCUCACACAGACCAGACAGACCACAUUCUCCUCCACCGACGACUGACGAACAGGAAAGCGCUACACUGCGGUCGGGUCAGGAGCUGGAUGUGUUCUGGUCUCAGCUGGACAGAGAGCUGAACAACGGUGUUGUCGGGUCCAAACUGCAGGACGUAGUAAAACUGGACUACAGUGUGGAGCAGAGCCGACUGCCCAGUGAUUCAGACAGCACUCAGGAAACGCUGGCACUGGGCGUGGCUGUGUUUGAGGGCGUGGCCUGUUUGCUGUAUGACAGUUUGGAUUGGAGGAAGCAGCACCAGCACUACCUGAGCAGCCUGAAGCUCGUCCACGUCCCGCAGGCCUGCAGAACCGAGCGACCUGAAGCGCCCGGCGAGGCUGCACAAACUCCAGCCCCACAGUCAGUACAGAAGAAGCCGACAUCAGAGGAGAGAGCUGAUGUGGAGCCUGUAGGCCUCAGUGUGGAGGUGGAUAUGAGGCUGUACUCUGACCUGCUGGACCAGAUACCGGCCGAGGUCGUCUCCGUUCCGCUCGUACUGCACUGCAUGCUGGAACAGGUCGUGGCCUCAGAACAGGAAACUCCUGCUGGACUAACUGACUCAGAGCAGCGUGUGGACUCGACUGACCACGAGCUGACCGCCUACCUGCUGUCGUCUGUACUGACGCUGCCAUGGCCAGAGCAGGAGAGAAGGAAGCUGAUGGAGGAUCUUGGAGUUGUGGAAGCUGAUCAGAAGAAGAAAGAGCAGACGGGUCCCUCACUGCUGCACCAUCACGACGACAGAGCCAGGAGACUGAACCUCAUCACUGAGUCGGAUGGUUUGGAUGUUGUUGGUAUUGAGGCAGUGAUGAUGGAGAAGAGCGCUCUGUGGAACCGGCUGAUGUCUGAACAUCUCAUCAGCUCCAGCCUCAGCCUGACCAGGAGACAGGAGCUCCUCCACCACUGCUCUGACGAUUCUCUGUCCGUGUCUGAGGUUCAGAGGUUACUGCAGCUGUCCGUGUUUGAGAGCAUGCCCCUGACCACCGUAGAUCAGAGCGGUCACCUCAUACCACACUCUGACCCUUUGACCCCUUCACCCUGGGACGACCCCGUGACCUUCGCCCAGCAGCUCUACAGAACACAGGGUUCCAGAAGAAGCAGAGCGGAGCUGGAGGACAGCGCGGAGGAAGAUGAAGUGACCGUAGCAGAUCUCCAGAAGACGCUGACUCGGCGGCUGAGACACUGGAACUUCGCGGAACAUCACAGUUCAGACGUUUUCCCUCAGGUCCUCCAGGUGGCGUCAGAGUCUUACAGAUGUGUGGACACUUUCUCCAGCAGCCACGACAGCACCGUAUCCAUCAUCUGCCACAACCCCAUGAGCCCUCAGAGGAGCAGCAGGGAAUGCUGGGAGGUGGCUCUUCACACUGACGUUGGAUUCAGGAAUUAUCUGGAGCACGUGGCUGAGCGGAUUACAGACUGGACCAGAGCGGAGGAGCAAAAACAUCAGGAGCAGAAACAGCAAAGAGAAACGGAGAUACAGACGCCCUCUCAGAUCUGCAGGAUCAAAGAGACUCCAGCAGAUUCUCCAGUCCCAGAGCAGACGGAGCCGUAUAUAAGACACGACUCACUCAAAGCGUGGAAGCUGGAGCAGGACAGGCUGAGGGAGGAGGAACUGUCCAAAAAGAUGAAGAAGGAGAAAGGAGGGAAAUCUUCGGCUAAAGGAGACAGAGACUCCGCCAGAGAGAGCAGGAAGACAACAUCACCCAGCAAGAAAACCACAGAGGAGCCCAAAACACCCGAAAACCCCAGACCACCCGCCGACACGAGAGAGGACACCCAGGCACCCAGAGAGAGCCCACCUGUGUUUAUAGGUUACAGUAUGGACGGGAAGCUUCUGCAGGUUAAAGGAGAGACUCAGUUUGUUUAUCCAUCAGAUGGAGGACAAAUCAGUGUGGAGAAAGUUCAGUUUGUACAAGGGUCGACCCAGCUGAAAGUGUGUGUGAAUAAAGACGGCCACUGCUUCUACACACACGUCUACACAGAGCCGCAGAGACAGAACAGCAUCACCGUGGAAACACCAGCUGGUCAGAUGGAGAGACGUGGCUGUUUUUAUGCUGUUCUGAAUGACGGCGUCCAGCUUUCAUACAGCCGACCACUGCUGACCACCUCUGGAGAGUCCUGCAUCAACCCCGAGCCCUCGGAUUCAGAGCACAUCAGUGUUUUUCCCCUGAGUCUGUACGUCUCCCUGCCCACUGGCCUCCACAUCAGCUUCCAGUGUGAGGACACAGCAGGUGGUCAGAGUGUGUGUGUUAGACAGCAGGACACUGCAGGACACACUGCCUCUCCUCUGGAAUCUACAGAGUUCUCGCGCACCAUCACCUGUCAGGGUUCUGUCAUAAAGUACAGGACAGACGGAUCGACUGAGGUGCUGUUUGCGGACGGUACGGUCAGUAAGAGUCCAGACUCUCGGCCAGUCUGCAUGCUGGUCCCCAGCAGCCCUGCGCAGGAGGAGGAGCCUGUUAAAGACACGCCCACAGAGAACAAAGACAUCAAAGGCAAAGGGAAGCUCAGCUCUAAGCCGGCUGUGGGAGGAGAAGAAGUGUUGGCGCCCCCGCUGACAGAGGAGGGUAGCAGGGCUCUGGAGGUGACAGGGGGCUCCUGGACCACCACCACCCCCUCCGGCUUCAGAGUGGCCUCCGUCGGGGGCAGAAGGGUGGAGGUACAGCCCAUCAGGACCUUCCACUCCACUGACCCCUUCAGCCAGAGCAUUGUGAUCUCGAGGGAAGACCACGUUCUGUCUGUGCUGGAGAAGGACGGGGCGGCCGUGGUCGACCAUGCGGACGGAACCAGAAUUACCACCUUCUACCAGCAGAGGGAGCCACUGCCACAGCACAGCUCAGGUGUAGGGGGCAGCAGUGGGCUCAGCAGGGAGAAGCUGGUGAGGGUGGAGAAAAGCGGCUCUGCGACGGUGACGUCCAACUGUGAGAAUAAAAACUGUGAGGUUCUCCUCGGAGACGGAACGGUCAUCACCGCUAACACACACGGAGCGUACACGGUCCGUCCCUGUAGUGGAGGUGUUCUCCACGUUGGUGAGGACGGUGUUGCCGUGUACAGCUCUGAUCCAUGUGGAACAGUACCUGAAGGAGACCAGGCUGGUCAGUAUGUGAUGAGUCACAGUGCAGAUGUUCUCUGUCGGUUCACUGACUCAGACGGAACCCUCUACCAGGUCACUGCGGACGGACAGGCCUCGGUUAGAGUCUCAGAGCAAAACACUCUAAUGGAGCUUCAGCACAGCAGCGGCUUCGACACUCACCCACCCCGGCUGUUUGUGGCGUAUUCUGACGGUUCUGCUGUGGAGUUUCUCUGUGCUGAGGCUGCAGAGGAGAUUCUGAAUGAAGCUUAUACUGAUCCUUCAGUCGCUGUGAUCAAAGAACCUCUGCCUCACUCACACGAAGUGUCUGGAAUCACAAUCCUGAAGCCGUUCUCCAAACGUGUCCACUCCCGCUGGCUCCUACCCAAAAAACAGCCUGACAUCAUUCCUGCCAACCUCAAAAACCGGCCGUGGGACAACUUCCCCGCCUCUGAGAGGAAGACUGCAGGUCCUCCAUUUGGAGCCACUCUGAGGCGAGGUUUGGAGGAUGAGGAGAGAGAGAAACCCAGGUUGGUUCCAGCAGCGCCGGUUCUACAGUGUCCGGAUACAUUGCUGAUCCGCCAGAUUACCCAGAAUCCUCCCGUCACAGAGCAGCUGUGGGGGAAACUUCAGGAGAAUCUGCUGGCGUAUAUAAAGCAGCUGCUGCAGAGAGAGAGGCUGAAGGAUGAGAUGCAGCUGAAGGAGCCUCGGACGGCGGAGGAGAAACUGCAUCACAGCAACCUCCUCCACCUGCUGCUGUCUCUGCCUGACUCUGAGCAUCGGCCCUGUUACCAUGGAAACGCAUCCUCAGUCCGCUGCGAGUGUCUGACAGAGCGAGGGCUCAGUGGGGAGCCGAUGUUUGUUCACUGGAGCCGGUGUGGAGCCCAGUCUCACAUCCCCGUCCUGAUUUCACUUCCCAAGGACCCUCGGCCAGAGUUAGCAAAUCUGGCCUCUCUGUACACUCAGGCUGUGAUGGCGGCUCAGUGUCCAGUCACUGACCAGCAGGAGGAUGAAGCUGCGGAUCGGGUGGAGGGACAGAGGCAGGAGCAGAAGCGGGACUCUCUGUGGGGAGACAGGAUUAACCACCUCAGGUUUGACCUCCAGGAGGAGAGAAGGUUCCGCCACGCCCUCCGAAACCACACCAUCACUCCAUACUUCCACUCAGAGCUGCAGGAGAUGCCUCACUACAUACAACAGGAGCUGGAUUUGGGGUCUCUGUCGCGAGAACUUCCUCCGUUCCCCAAAAGAACCUCAGGAGCUCAGACCAGCUCAGACUCCUCCGACUGAACCAGCUCAGCGUCUCUGAGCUCUACACUCCG